AUGACGAAUUCAAACAAGGACCCCUAUGUUUCUAAAGCGACAAAGAAAGCACUCGUGGUAAAAAUCUUUAGUUCAACACCAAAUGCUUGGUUUAUGGAUAUCUUGGAAAACAUUCCGAGAGUUAGAGAAGAUGGACCACCAUACUGGCUAAUAUUUGUUGGUCAAAACACAAGAUACUGUGAAGCCAUACCAUUAUGGUCCAAAAAUAUUUUAGAUGUGAAAACUGCUUUGACAAUCUUCGUUGACAAAUACCAUCCAACAAAACUGACAUCUGACUGUGAAAGUUCUUUCAAAUCAGACGAUAUUAAAAACUAUCUGCGUUCAAAAAAUGUAAACCAAUAUUUCAUUGUCGACCAAAACCAUUCUGCUCUUGGUGUCAUUGACAGUUGUAUAAAAAUCUUAAGAGACUUAAAUCAACCACAAGGUGGUGAAGCAAAUGAAAUGUCAUAUGACGACAAGUAUAGACACUUCUCCAUGGCAAAGAUGAGACAAGUUUUAAAUAUUUACAAUAACC